GCCAACCACGCGUGAUAUCGUAUCGACAAUAUCGGCCGUCCUCAUCCGAAAGGCGGAUCCCACCACUUUCCUCCGUCCCUCCUCCGCUACCUUUUCUCCCUAUAAAGUGAGAAGAAAAUCAAGAUAAAAAUUGCACAAUCCAGAAUUUAUCAUCACAGAGAAGAAAACUUGGAUUUCUACAAUUUGUUUUCAGAAACAGCUUAAUUUCGACCGAUGGAGAAGCUGCUCGCGAUGUCGAUCCUCAGCGCGUCGCCGGCGGAGAUCGCCGGAUUCUGGGGGAAUUUGCGAUUGUCGAGCAAGAAGAACAGCUCUGAGUGUUCUGUUAAGGAAGGAGAGCAGAGAACCGGUGGGAAGCAGCGAGAGGAGCAGAAAAAGGGAAAGGCGGCCUGCUUCGCCCCGGAGUUUGACGGGCUUAAUUGCUUCGAGACUUUCGUCUCCCAUUAAUCAAUUGCUCUUCCUCUCUCGCUUCCUUCAACGGCCUUAUAAUUGCUUCGAGACUUUCGUCUCCUUCUUCUCUCUAUAUCUAAUGUCUUUUUCUUGUUUUUUUUUUUCUUAAUAUGUUUUCCUCGAUCAAAGGUGGGAAUUUUGAUGUUCAUUUACAGUGAUGACUGCGAUGUAUAAAUAUUGAUUAUUCGUUAAUGGAAAGAACAAUUUCUCAAUGGAAA